GCUCUAAACCGGGGUUUAGCAGGCUUUAAAGAGGAUGCGGUUGAGAUGCUGGCCAGCUACGGGCUGGCCUAUUCGCUAAUGAAGUUCUUCACUGGGCCCAUGAGUGACUUCAAGAACGUGGGUCUGGUGUUUGUCAACAGCAAGAGGGACCGGGGCAAGGCUGUGCUUUGCAUGGCGGUAGCAGGCACUAUAGCGUUAAUCCUUCAUGUUGUCAUAGGUGAGGCUUAAACAUGGUUGUUUUGUCCCAAUCCAUGACAUUUAAUAGUAACUAACUACUAGUAUUUAUUCUUAUUCAUUCCAAGUGAUUAUUUUAAAUCCAGUGAUAUGUCAGUUGUAAACUGCUUUAAGUUGAGCUUUUACAUUUUUAAAAUUAAGAGGCCAACCUACUAGUGUUUUUGUAUUAUUUCAAAAGAUUCAAAUGGAGUUAGCGGUGUCAUCUCCUCAGUCCUUAUAUUCUGCUUCUCUCCCCCCCUCUAGCUCAGUCAGACCUAGGCUACUACAUUAUCAAUAAGCUCCACCAUGUGGAUGACUCCGUGGGCAACAAGACCAGGAGGGCUUUCCUCUACCUGGCAGCUUUCCCACUGCUGGACGCCAUGGUGAGUACUGAGUAGAGUAUCCGGCUUGAUUCAAGUCUCUGUCCCAAAUGGCACCCUAUUCACAAUAUACAGUGCAUUCGGAAAGUAUUCAGACCUCUUCCCUUUUUCCACAUUUUUUGUUACGUUACAGCCUUAUUCUAAAAUGGAUUAAAUAAAUAAAAAUCCUCAUCAAUCUACACACAAUACCCCAUAAUGACAAAGCGAAAACAGGUUUUUAGAAAUGUUUGCAAAUUUAGUCAAACUAAAAAACAAAUACCUUAUUUACAGAACUAUUCAGACCCUUUGCUAUGAGACUCAAAAUUGAGCUCAGGUGCAUCCUGUUUCCAUUGAUCAUCCUGUGUUAAAUUCAAUUGAUUGGACAUGAUUUGGAAAGGCACACACCUGUCUAUAUAAGUUCCCACAGUUGACAGUGCAUGCCGGAGCAAAAACCAAGCCAUGAGGUCGAAGGAAUUGUCCGUAAAGCUCUGAGACAGGAUUGUGUCGAGGCACAGAUUUGGGGAAGGGUACCAGCAUUGAAGGUCCCCAAGAACACAGUGGCCUCCAUCAUUCUUAAAUGGAAGAAGUUUGGAACCAUCAAGACUCUUCCUAGAGCUGGCCACCCGGGAGAAGGACCUUGGUCAGGGAGGUGACCAAGAACCCGAUGGUCACUCUGACAGAGCUCCAGAGUUCCUCUGUGGAGAUGGGAGAACCUUCCAGAAGGACAACCAUCUCUGCAGCACUCCACCGAUCAGGUCUUUAUGGUAGUGGCCAGACGGAUGCCACUCUUCAGUAAAAGGCACAUGAGAGCCCACUUGGAGUUUGCCAAAAGGCACCUAAAGGACUCUGACCAGGAGAAACAAGAUUCUCUGAACUGAUGAAACCAGGAUUUAACUCUUUGGCCUGAAUGCCAAGUGUCACGUCUGGAGGAAACCUGGCACCAUCCCUACGGUGAAGCAUGGUGGUGGCAGCAUCAUGCUGUGGGGAUGUUUUUCAGCGGCAGGGACUGGGAGACUAGUAAGGACCAACCUGACAGCGCUUGAGAGGAUCUGCAGAUUAGAAUGGGAGAAACUCCCCAAAUGCAGGUAUGCCAAGCUUGUAGCGUCAUACCCAAGAAGUCUCUAGGCUGUAAUUGCUGCCAAAAGUGCUUCAACAAAGAGUAAAGUGUCUGAAUACUUAUGUAAAUGUGAUAUUUGGAAACAUUUCUAAAAACCUGUUUUUACUUUGUCAUUAUGGGCUAUUGUGUGUAGAUUGAGGGAAUAAAGCAAUUUAAUCAAUUUUAGAAUAAGGCUGUAACGUAACAAAAAAUGUGGUGAAAGUCAAGGGGUCUGAAUACUUUACGAAUGCACUGUAGUGCACUAAUUUGAACCAGAUCCCUAUGGGCCAUGGUCAAAAGUAGUGCAUUAUGUAGGGAAAAGGGUGCCAUUUGGGAAGUAGACCAGCUCUUUCAUGACCCAAAGCAUGGCUAGCCAGAGAGCCAUAAUCAUGGCAGAUAGAACCUUAAAAACACCUCAAAAAAUGAUGUAUCAUCCUCUGCACAUCAUGCUGGUCUUAAAACGGACGCAUGCCUGUCCUUGUAUUUCAAUGACCGCAUGUCGACACAUUUCAAUGUGAGCCUUUGGCUUGCUUUUAUUUUUACAAACCAGACAAGAACUUGGUGUGCUACAAUUCUUGGGAGGAGAAGCAACAAUUGUCUCGUUGUUAAUUUUUGUAUUUUAGGCUUGGAUCCAUGCUGGAAUCCUCCUCAAGCACAAAUACAGCGUCAUCGUAGGCUCUGCCUCCAUCUCUGAUGUCAUCACCCAGGUACUCAACAGAUUGCUUCCUUGUUGUUCACUAAUCCCCAUUACAGUGAAGAUGGGUCCUUGUAGCCAAAACAAUCAUGCAAUUCACCUCAAAAGUGGACUUGGCAGUAUGCUCUGCUCCGAUAGGUUGUGAGAGUGACGUGGUCCUCGGAGUGUUUCUGACUGUGGCCCCUCUGUGGCAGAUUGUGUUUGUGUCCAUCCUGCUGCACAGUAACCUGCCGUGUAUGGAGCCCCUUCUCAUCCCCAUCCUCUCCCUGUACAUGGGAGCUCUGGUGCGCUUCACCAUCGUGGGCCUGGGCUACUACUACAACAUCCACAACAACAUCCCAGACUCCAGUGGAGUUGACGUGGGGGUACGCUGUUUCCUUCGUCACCUAACUGGGACCUUUUUAAGAGUUCAACAUGUCGUUUAUUUAACGCUAGAACCGCUGGGGCUUUCAGUCGAUAAGUAUCCGCUAAAGUAGUGGUUCCCAAACUGUGUUGCAGCCGAGACAUUUGUGGUGCAUUGCAUGAUAAUACAUUUGAGGGAAUGGGGGAAAAAAUGCUUUCAGUGUAAACUUAACGACUAAAACCAAAUGGAACGUUUUUUUUUAAAUUAUGGACCUUUUAUAUUUUUUAAUAAUAGCCUAUAAUCUUUUAGAACCUAUAAUGAACAAAAUAAAAGCUAGACAAUCAGGCCCCCAUUUCAUUUUGCUAUGUUUGAGCAUAAGAACACCACAUUUCCCAUGUCAAAAUGCGUAGAAAUGCAGGAAAUUAGCUUAGAAACUGCUAAAUUGGUGGGUGUGGCUCGGUCUUCGUCAGAAAAUCUUAGACCUUUCUCUUGGCCGCAGAGACACAAUUUUGUAGUUUUAAAGCUUAAUUUCCUGCAAUUGUACAUAUUUUGCCAUGGGGCGGAGAGACAUUUUUACAAUUUUAAAGCUAGUUUCCUAUAAUUCUACACAUUGUCAUGGGACUUAGAGAAAGAAUUGCAGUUUAAAAGCUAAUUUCCUGCAAUUCUACACAUUUUACCAUGUGGUUGAGAGUGUGCAGUUUAAAGCAAAUUUCCUGUAGUUCUACAAACUUUGCCAUGGUUUAUGGCGUGUUCUUAUGCUAUCUGAGUGACUCAAACAUUAUGCCAAAGUCAUUAUAGAAUUUUUGUCUAGUUUUUAUUUUAUUUACAGCUCCAUUAUCUUUUCUACAGAAUGUUUUCAGAAUCUCCAUGAUCUUUUCUACGUUUUUAUUUUUUAUUUUUUUUACCGUAAACGUUUUACCAUCCUGAAAACGAAUAAUAUUUUACUAACUCAAAUAAGUCUCUUAUUUUUUUGGGAGUGGCGGCAACGAUUUAGGCCAGGGGUGUCAAACUCAUUCCAUGGAGGGCCUAGUGUCUGCAGGUUUUUCCUUUCAAUUAAGCCAUAGACAACCAGGUGUAGGGAGUUCCUUACUAAUUAGUGAGCUUAGUUCAUCCAAGGGAGGAGAGAACCCGCAGCCUUUAGGUCCUCUGUGGAAUGAGUUUGACACCUGUGAUUCAGGGGAAAGACUACGUCAAUAUUCUAACAGUCGAAUAAAUACAUUCCAUAUAUGCUAUCGGAAGAAUAAUCAUUUGGUUGUGUUUUAUGAAGGCCUUAGGUAACAGAAUAAGAUAACUUAUUUGAAAGAAAAUGUAUUUCAAACGAACAGAAUAGCAUAUUUUAAGUUGUAUUAUGUUAGUACUUUGCUUAGUAGCCUAAGCAAUGCUCCCACAGUGUGGUUAUUCUUGGAAAAAGGGAUAUUUUGAAAUAGAGCUCACCUCUUGAAUUUUGAGUUAUUUGACAAAGGUCAGUGUCUUUAGAAAGUGCAGAAUCUGCUGUUUCUGAUAUUAUAUAGAAAUCAAAAUGUCUUACCUGCGUGUGACUGGAGGAGGAUUUGAAAAAGUGAUGCUCCUUUCCCUACUUCUGUUAGUGCUGAGCUGCACCAUCUCUUCAUGUACAAUUUGACAAUGAAGUGGUAAUGCCCUCGAAGCCGGUGUUUGGAGGAUAUAUUGGCACGGGUGUUUUUCGUGCCAAUAUAUCCUCCAAACACCAGCUUCGAGGGCAUUAUUACUUUUAUACAACGGAUUACCAACAUAUUCAAAUAAUGAUUGACAUAUUUUCAUUCAGUGUUAUUUUUAGGAAUUUAUUCAUACUAUUUCAUCCUUCCACGAGAUAUUGUCCCGACACAAAUUUAGGGUUGCUACCCAAGUCGGCUGGUCGUUCGUUCUAUCGGUUCGGUUGCCAGAGACGCGACCCAGUUAAGUAUUGUUAAGUUGCGUCAAUUCAAAUCUGGUAUUAGGAACAAAAGAGGUCAACACGACUUCUAAGAUAUACUAGUAUUUUAAUUAAUGCAAAACCUUCAAUGGUAAAUAUGAUGUUCGUAUAUACGGGUCCACUGAAAUACCACGCAGGGCACUCAGAGAACUAAUCCAUUGUUACAGGUUCUUCUUCAAAUACUCUGACAGAGAUAUUUCCCACUCCCUGCUGGCCAAUCAGAGUAGAGACUGAGCGUGGUUUAGACUUACUCAGCCUAUCCGUUGGCGCACCGGCUGGUCCCAGUCCCUUGGCGCUCCACCGUUGCACACUGUUGCCAGGCAUAAGUUUUUAUCAUAACAACCUGUAGAGUCAGCACUUUUUUGCAGUACCCAUGUCCUUGGACGGUUCACAGAUCACAAAGAAGCAGUGUAGUCUAGUAUUUUGAGACACAAGUUCUUAUCUCAUCCUACCCCCUAACGUUCCUCACAUGAAUCACAGCCUGUUAUGUGAAACAAUUUAUAUCAGUAUAGUACAAACCUAUGCUUAUCAUUAAUGCAUUCCUUCUAAGCUAUUCAUCACAUACAGAUCCAAUUAUGAGAAAAUAGAACCCCACAGUAUUUUUGUUCUAACUCUAUGGACGCGACCCAGUCAUUUGUUGGAAAUGUUCCGUUGCCAUGAUGGCAGGCAACGUUCUUAUCCCUUGCUUGCUAGUUAGCCAACUUUGGCUAAUACAGUCACGUCAAACAGUGCAGCCAGAAUAACAGCAAAGUAGCUGCAUUUGCGUUUGUUUAAGCUGUUUGAGUGAUUUCAUUUGGGGGGGGAGAUACAUCAAUAACAAUGAGCUAAUGAUGUGUGAUUUUGCCUGGCAUAGAACAUUUGCUCUCGCGCCAGGCCACUGUUCAGAAGAGCUAGCCAUCUACCCAGCUAACACACUCACUUCAAACUGAAGCUGGAAUGACCGCAAACUAGCUGCAUUUCGUCUUUUUCUAUUGACAUUUCUUUGUAUAAAUCCAUACAAAUUAUGCUGAUUCAUGAUUUCAACUGGCUGAGAAAAGCUGCCAGCCUGUCUGUCUCGUCCCGACUCCCGUCACGUUCAUUACCAUAGGACAGGUGGAUAUCGAAUUUCAAUAUUGAAACAAUGUUGCAAAUGGUGGCGAGACAGACAGCAAGGUUAUUACAAAUCUCCGAUGUUGAAAACCAAAUGCUAGUCUUAACGAAAUGGGAGAUGAUGUCUAGAUGCUUUUUAAAGUGUAUAUCUAGUAUAUAAAUUGCCUGGCUGGGCUGAUGAGACAGUGGAUUGUGCAGUCAGAUGGAACAGAGUAAAUAGGCAUUUCAACGUCAUAGAUUUAGCCCGUGGCAACUUGUGGAAUAGACACCGUCUGAAUGCAGUUUUAACCAAUCAGCAUCAAGGAUUAGACCCACCUGUUGUAUAAUUGAUAAUAUUGUCACCCAUCAUACUUGUCAUUGUAAUCUUGUUGUUAGGCUAACUUCGUUUAGGUGUAGUUUCAAUGGACCAUCAGCUGCGCAGGCUGACUAGCAUCGUUCACUUCCCCUUGCUCAUCAACUCACCCAUUCUCUAAACAAUUGUAAAGGAUGAAUUGCAUCAACAAAUAUUUGUGGGAAUAUAGCCAUGAACAGAUAUACAGUAGCCUAAAAACAAGGAUAUGUUUUGUAUUAUUCUUAAGGCCUACUGCAACACAUGGCAUAUUUUCUUUAGCCUUACAAUAAAAACAUCACAAUGUAAUACAUUUUAUUAAAUUGUUUUUGUAGUUUUGAGUAGUAAUAGAGUUAUCGUAAGUAAUACAGUCCCGUAACAGCUUCUUUUUACAAAGUAAAACAUAGAAUAUCAACCCACAAGGGGCGCGGUCAAAUUAUUUGCCAUAAACAUGAGUGCCAAUGCUUAAUAAAUGGUGCAUAAUACAAAUGUAAAGAAUUAAUUGCAUAAGGAAAUAGUCAUGAAAAUAUAUGAAAACAAGAGUAAUAUAUUUACUGCAUCUCAGUGCUAGAGGCGUCACUACAGACCCUGGUUUGAUUCCAGGCUGUAUCACAAUCCGGCCGUGAUUGGGAGUCCCAUAGGGGACAAUUGGCCCAGCGUCGUCCGGGUUUGGCCUGGGUAGGCCGUCAUUGUAAAUAAAAUAUCGGACCCUGUAUUGUCGGAUUUGAAUCUUGCCGAUGGGAGAUUACAUACCAUUUCCAGCCUUUCGUAAUAAAAUAAUUAGACUGGCCACAAUUUUUCAUUUCACUAUUGUUUUAAAUGAAUUCACACUCCCUCCUUAUCAUUCAGGUAAUUCAAAUUAAAUUGUGAAGUAACGUGCACAAUUUCAGUUUCUAUUACCCAUCCAUCCAUUUACGUCAUUCAUUGAGUGAGGAGACGCAUUAGCGCCUGGCUGGGUACCAAUGUCCUACAGCGCAUUUGUCUUUGCCCGUUAAGGUAGGAAUAGGUGUGAAAAAACAGGUAAACAGGCUUUAAAAAACGUUUCUGUUUGUGAUUGUUUUUAAAUCGGACAACUGACCAAUGUAAAACACAUAUGUAGGAAAAGUAAGGGAAGGAGCAGGAUGUAGCUUUUUUUUUGGUGGGCAGAUUAUAAUUUUUUAACAUUUACAAAAUCGAACGUCAGUGGCCGUUGGCCUAUGGCGGUUCUAUUGUUAAUCUUGGUCUUCUAAAACUGUCUUUGAUGCAGUUGCAGGACAAUUAGGUCAAUGGCCCCUAUUUUAUCUAGUAAUCAGUACCACUGCUCUCAUGUAUGGGAAGGAGCUAGAGCUAGAAAUCCAAAGGCACCCAGAUUGAACAUAUCCUUGUUUUCCCCUCUCAUUUUGCUUUUCUUUGCAGGGAGAUGUCACCAUCAGGAAGAUGUUGAGUUUCUGGUGGCCUCUGGCCCUCAUCCUGGCUACCCAGCGGAUCAGCAGGCCCAUCGUCAACCUCUUUGUGUCCCGGGACCUCAAUGGGAGCAGCGCAGCCACUGAGGUUAGUUUGAAGCCUACUCAGUCCACUCAUCGAUAAUACCCCCAUUUAGCUCAGUCCCACUCACUGUAAUUGGGCAGCUGCCAACCGCCUUUACCAGAGGGGUAUACUACGAAUAAAGCUAGAUCUACUCAGGGUUUUCUAAAGCUAACCAGCUUCAAUUAGCUUCACAUUCCAGCUCAGGCUUCAUCCGUACUAUGACGGUGGACAUUGCUUGUCUGCCUGACGCUAACUCUAGCAGGCCUGUAACUGUGCGUGCAUGUCGCACGUGGCUAGUCGAACACUGAACUCUUCAUUGAGACAAUGCUGAAAUAUCAAUCCAUGGGCAAGUCAGUGCCACUUUUUGUGCCGAAAUCGAAAUGAAGGAAAAGUUAUCUUUCAAAUUGUAGCCCAAGGCACUUGUCCAGGACCUCCAUACCAGGCGGUGUCAGAGGAAGGCCCCAAAAAUUGUCCGACUCCAGCCACCCAAGCCAUACUGUUCAAAUAAAAUAAAAAAGGUCAAAUGCUUCGUAAACAACAGGUGUAGACUAACAGUGAAAUGCUUACUUACGGGGCCUUCCCAACAAUGCAGAGAAAGACAAUUUAGAAAUAAUAGAAAAAGUUAAACACGUAAUAAUAAAUACACAAUGAGUAACGAUAACUUGGCUAUAUACACGGGUACCGAGUCGAUGUGCAGGGGUACCAGGUAAUUAAGGUAGACACACUAUAUAGACAAAAUAAUUUGUGGACACCCCUUCAAAUGAGUGUAUUCCGCUAUAUCAGCCACACCCGUUGCUGACAGGUGUGUAAAAUUGAGCACACACCCAUGCAAUCUCCAUAGACAAACAUUGGCAGUAGAAGGGCCUUACAGAAGAGCUCAGUGACUUUCAACGUGGCACCGUUAUAGGAUGCCACCUUUCCAUCAAGUCAGUUCGUCAAAUGUCUACCCUGCUAGAGCUGCCCCGGUCAACUGUAAGUGCUGUUAUUGUGAAGUGGAAACGUCUAGGAGCAAGAACGGCUCAGCCGCGAAAUGGUAGGCCAAACAAGCUCACAGAACGGGACUGCCAGUUGCUGAAGCGCAUAGCACGUAAAAAUCGUCUGUCCUCAUUUGCAACACUCACUACUGCGUUCCAAACUGCCUCUGGAAGCAACGUCAGCACAGUAAUUGUUAGUCGGGAGCUUCAUGAAAUGGGUUUCCACGGCCGAGCAGCCGCACACAAGUCUAAGAUCACCAUGCGCAAUGCCAAGCGUCGGCUGGAGUGGUGUAAAGCUCGCCGCCAUUGGACUCUGGAGCAGUGGAGACGUGUUCUCUGGGGUGAUGAAUCAUAAAGUUUGGUGGAGGAGGAAUAAUGGUCUGGGGCUGUUAUUCAUGGUUCGUGCUAGUCCCCUUCGUUCCAGUGAAGGGAAAUCUUAACGCUACAGCAUACAAUGGCGUUCUAGACGAUUCUGUGCUUCCAACUUUGUGGCAACAGUUUGGGGAAGGCCCUUUCCUGUUUCAGCAUGACAAUGCCCCUGUACACAAAGCGAGGUCCAUACAGAUAUUGUUUGUCGAGAUCGGUGUGGAAGAACUUGACUGGCCUGCACAGAGCCCUGACCUUAACCCCAUCGAACACCUUUGGGAUGAAUUGGAACGCCAACUGCGAGCCAGGUCUAAACGCCCAACAUCAGUGCCUGACCUCACUAAUGCUCUUGUGGCUGAAUGAAAGCAAGUCCCCGCAGUAAUGUUCCAACAUCUAGUGGAAAGCCUUUCCAGAAGAGUGGAUCUGUUAUAGCAGCAAAGGGGGGACCAACUCCAUAUUAAUACCCAUGAUUUUGGAAUGAGCACAUACUUUUGGUCAUGUAGUGUAUGUACAUAACUAGGAAUAAAGUGAUUGAUUAAUAAACAGUAGCAGCAGCGUAUGUGAUGAGUCAAAAGGGUGAAUACAGAUCGUCUGGGUAGCUAUUUGGUUAACUAUUUAACUAACUAUGUAGCAGUCUUAUGGCUUAGGGGUAGAAGCUGGUUCCAGACUUGGCACAUCGGUCUAUGACUUGGGUGGCUGGAGUCUUUGACAAUUUUUAAGGCCUUCCUCUGACACUGUCUGGUACAGAGGUCCUGGAUGGCAGGUAGCUCGGGCCCCAGUGAUUUACUGGGCCUGGGCCGUACGCACUACCCUCUGUCGAACCUUGCGGUCGGAUGCCAAGCAGUUGCCAUACCAAGCGGUGAUGCAGCCAGUCAAGAUGCUCGCAACUGUGGAGCUGUAGAACUUUUGGGGGGUCUGAGGGCCCAUGCCAAAUCUUUUCAGCCUCCUGAGGGGGAAGAGGGGUUCAUGUGCCCUCUUCACGAUUGCAUUGGUGUGUGUGGACCAUGAUAGAUCCUUAGUGAUGUGGACACCGAGGAACUUGAAGCUCUCGACCCGCUUCACUACAGCCCCGUUGAUGUGAAUGGGGGCAUGCUCGGCCCUCCGUUUCCUGUAGUCCACGAUCAGCUCAUUUGUCUUGCUGGCGUUGAAGGAGAGAUUGUUCUCUCUGCUACCGCACGGCAAGCGGUACCAGUGCACCAAAUAUGGAUACAAUAGGACCCUGAACAGCUUUUACCCUCAAGCAAUAAGACUGCUAAACAAGACUGAUAAAUAGUAAUUAAUGGCUACCUGGACUACCUGCAUUGACCCUUUUUAUAUAUACAUGUAUCUUUUUUUUCUCUCUCUUGCACUGACUCUACCCACACACUCGCACAUACUUACAUUAACACCCCAACACACGCGUAAAUACUGAUGACACACACUUUCACACUCACAGCAUACUCUGCUCUACUGCUCACAUACGCUGCUGCUACAGCUGUCUAUUAUCUAUCCUGUUGCCUAGUCGCUUUACCCCUACCCUUGACUUAUUCCACAUUUUGUUGUUACAGCCUGAUUGAUUAAAUAUUAUUUAUUUUUUCACCCAUCUACACACGAUACCCUAUAAUGAUAAAGUGAAAUGUUUUUAGAAAUGUGUGCAAAUUUAUUGAAAAUUAAAUAUUGAAAUAUCUAAUUUACAAGUAUUCACACCCCUGAGUCAAUACAUGUUAGAAUCCCCUUUGGCAGCGAUUAUAGCUGAGAGUCUUUCUGGGUAAGUCUUUAAGAGCUUUGCACAUUAUUAUUUUAAAAAGUUGGUUGUUGAUCAUUGCUAGACAGACAUUUUUCAAGUCUUGCCUUAGAUUUAAGCCGAUUUAAGUGAACUGUAACUAGGCCACUCAGGAACAUUCAAUGUCGUCUUGGUAAGCAACUUGUGUUUUAGGUUAUUGUCCUGAUGAAAGGUACAUUUGUCUCCCAGUGUCUGUUGGAAAGCAGACUGAACCAGGUUUUCCUCUAGGGUUUUGCCUGUUUCUUUUUAUCGUAGAAAAACUCCCUAGUCCUUGUUGAUGACAAGCAUAGCAAUAACAUGAUGCAGCCACCACCAUGCUUGAAAAUAUGAAGAGUUGUACUUAGUGAUUGGUUGUUGGUAUUUAGGACAUAAAGUUCAUUUCUUUGCCACAUUUUUUGCAGUUUUACUUGAGGGCCUUAUUGCAAACAGGAUGCAUGUUUUGGAAUAUUUUUUACUCUGUACAGGCUUCCUUCUUUUCACUCUGUUGUUUAGGUUAGUAUUGUGGAGUAACUACAAUGUUGUUGAUCUAUCCUCCGUUUUCUCCUAUCAGAACCAUUCAACUUUGUAACUACUUUAAUGUCACCAUUGGCCUCAUGGUGAAAUCCCUGAGCGGUUUCCUUCCUCUCCGGCAACUGAGUUAGGAAGGACGCCUGUAAUUUUGUAGUGACUGGGUGUAUUGACACACCAUCCAAAGUGUAAUUAAUAACUUCCCCAUGUUCAAAGGGAUAUUCAAUCCUUUGGUAAAAAAUAAAAUCUACCAAUAUGUGCCCUUCUUUGCAUUGGAAAACCUUGCUGGUCUUUGUGGUUUAAUAUUUUUGAAAUUCACUACUCGACUGAGGGACGUUACAGAUAAUUGUAUGUGUGGGGUACAGAGAUGAGGUAUUUGCAAAAAUUUCUAAAAACCAGUUUUUGCGUUGUCAUGAUGGGGUAUUGUGUGUAGACUGAUUUAGGAAAAAAAUACAUUUUAAUCAAUUUUAGAAUGAGGCUGUAACGUAACAAAAUGUGGAAAAAGUCAAGGGGUCUGAAUACUUUCCGAAGGCACUGUACAUAGCUACCUCAAUUACCUCGUACCCCUGCCCAUCGACUCGGUACUGGUACUCCCUGUAUAUAGCCAUGUUAUUUUUACUCGUAAUUGUUAUACUAUGUGUAUUUAUUCCUCGUCACUUUCAUUAUUUUUAUUUGAUCUUUAACUCUGCAUAGUUGGAAAAGGACCCGUAAGUAAGCAUUUCACUGUUAGUCUACACCUGUUGUUUACAAAGCAUGUGACAAAUAUAAUUUGAUUCGAUAGAUAUGGGAAAAUCCACAUGCGAUUACCAACUUAGCACAUAUUCAGAAUUGUCUUUGCUGACAGGCUUUGGCUCAUCAGUCGUGUUUUAACAUCUUGGCUACAUUACUGUAAGCUGUCCAAAAAGAAAAUGAAAUGGCAUAUGAGUCCUAAUGUCUGUCUCUAUCUUUGCUUGACCAGGCUGUGGCUGUCCUCACUGCCACCUACCCUGUGGGUCACUUGCCGUACGGCUGGCUGACCGAACUGAGGGCCAUCUAUCCUGCUUUCGACAAGGUUAACCAAGACCUCAUCCACAGUCUCACAAUAGCCUCUUGUUGGAGAUCACAACGUAGUAGAUAUCAUCAGUUUAAAUGAAUACAGGUGACUUGUAUUGGCGUCCUUUAUUCCCCACUAAUGAUACUGUUCUCUUCUCCAACAGGCCAAUCCCAGCAAUAAGCCUAUCUCUGGCACUCUGGUUACAAAGACUCAUAUCAAAAAGUUUACAGCCUGUUGUUUGGCACUAUCACUCACGGUAAGAAGGAUCUAUAGAAGGAAGGAUCUGUAUGGAUCUGUUUUUAUUCCAAUACUGUAUUUUGAUAAGUCAUAUAAUCAAAGUAUAUUGGGAAGUAUACCAACUCUACAUAAAAAAUGAGAAUUCAGAGUGUAGAAUUCAGAGCCAAAAUGGGUUGAGACUCACGCUAGCAGAGCAAAUCAUCCCUUAAGUGUCCUGCACUGACAAAUUAUUGGCAUUUCUACCUCUGUUAAUGCUUCUUACUUAACGUCCGGUGUCGUACUUAUUCAUUUCCUGAACUAUAGCCUACUUUUUUGGUCCUAGCUGAAAAUGAUUAUGAGAAAAGGAGGAAGGCAAAGAAGACACGUCUGAUAGAUAAGCACAGUGCCAUAGAUAUACACUACCGUUCAAAAAUGUGGGGUCAAUGUCCUUGUUUUCGAAAGAAAAGCAAUUUUUUUGUCCAUUAAAAUAUCAUCAAAUUGAUCAGAAAUACAGUGUCGACAUUGUUAAUGUUGUAAAUGGCUAUUGUAGCUGGAAACGGCAAAUUUUUUUAUGGAAUAUCUACAUAGGUGUACAGAGGCCCAUUAUCAGCAACCAUCAGUCCUGUGUUCCAAUGGCACUUUGUGUUUGCUAAUCCAAGUUUAUCAUUUUAAAAGCUGAAAACUGUUGUGCUGAUUAAAGAAUCAAUAAAACUGGCCUUCUUGAGACUAGUUGAGUAUCUGGAGCAUCAGCAAUUGUGGGUUCGAUUACAGGCUCAAAAUGUCCAGAAACAAAUAACUUUCUUCUGAAACUCGUCAGUCUAUUCUUGUUCUGAGAAAUUAAGGCUAUUCCAUGCGAGAAAUUGCCAAGAAACUGAAGAUCUCGUACAACGCUGUGUACUACUCCCUUCACAGAACAGCGCAAACUGGCUCUAACCAGAAUAGAAAGAGGAGUGGGAGGCCCCGGUGCACAACUGAGCAAGAGGACAAAUACAUUAGUGUCUAGUUUGAGAAACCGACGCCUCACAGGUCCUCAACUGGCAGCUUCAUUAAAUAGUACCCGCAAAACACCAGUCUUAAUGUCAACAGUGAAGAGGCGACUCCGGGAUGCUGACCUCCUAGGCAGAGUUGUAAAGAAAAAGCCAUAUCUCAGACUGGCCAAUAAAUAUAAAAUAUUAAAAUGGGCAGUCUGAGAUAUGGCUUUUUCUUUGCAACUCUGCCUAGACGGUCAGCAUCCCGCAGCAUUGAAAACUACUGCUUUUAUUUUUCAAAUUAGUCCAUUGUAUACUCAGCGCGUUAACUUUUCAACUAUGCUCCAAAUCCUUUUGAAAUUGCAGCAUCUGCGCCUGCAAUUUAACAUCAUGAGCGGUCUUGUCUUGCCACAGCACUGUGAACCGCGGCACAUUGACGCAUAUGAUUGGUAUAGUUAUGUAAGGGACCAAGGGGAUUGGAUGCAUGUUUUAAAGAGAGCGAGAACGUUCUCCGCUGAGUUUAUACAACUGUAAAAAGAGCAGCACGGUAGCACUGUUUCAUGUACAAUGUUGUCAACAAAAUUAGGUUGCUGUUAUACCUGUCCCUAUUGCAGAAUGUAGCCUUUUGACUGCAUGUACUAAAGUCGAUUUAAUCCCCACUUGCAUUAGUCCCCUCGUUUGGUGAUUGGCAUUUAGGCUGUGACAACGAAAAGGCAGCAGCAGACAGACCUACAGUAUGUUUUAGCAGGGAAGUUUGGUAGGGUGACCUGAUUUGUAACUAUGAAAAUAAUUUUGUCAAACAGAUUGUGAACCCAAAAGUGUAAGUUUGAUUCUAGAGUGGGGACAAUACGUAGAAAAAUAAUUUGGUUGGGGUGUAGGGGCAUAUUUAUGUAAUCUUGUCUUCAACAUAUUUUAUUAUCUAUUUACUUUAUUUAGUCUGAUCAGUGGAACAAUUGUCAUUCUUAACAAUGGCCUAAAAUAUAGGGUAAUUACUGUGCUUGUCAGCAAGAACACUACAGUUAUUCUCCACCCUUAUUGUAUUAUUCCACUUCUUCCCAAUGUUGCCACUGUAAUCACAUAUUUGAAAUCUGAUAUGCCUACUUGUGUCUUGAAAAUGAGUUAUAUGAGGUGGUAGGGGGACUCUCAACUCAAACGCAUCCUAUUGUGUAAGAUGAUGGCAAGGAUCUUCAACUAGUAGUCAUAAACCCACUGAAUAUUGGUAUUCAUUAGAUUUGUCUUGAAGGUUGGGCGAUUUUCAGAAUUUAGCCCUGUUUUAAAGAGUUCAACUCAAUUACAAAAUGUUUGUAUCCUUACCUUGAAAGCAGUCUAUGGACAAGGAGACUGCAAUACAGUGGGGAAAAAAAGUAUUUAGUCAGCCACCAAUUGUGCAAGUUCUCCCACUUAAAAAGAUGAGAGAGGCCUGUAAUUUUCAUCAUAGGUACACGGUAACUAUGACAGACAAAUUGAGGGGAAAAAAUCCAGAAAAUCACAUUGUAGGAUUUUUAAUGAAUUUAUUUGCAAAUUAUGGUGGAAAAUAAUUAUUUGGUCACCUACAAACAAGCAAGAUUUCUGGCUCUCACAGACCUGUAACUUCUUCUUUAAGAGGCUCCUCUGUCCUCCACUCGUUACCUGUAUUAAUGGCACCUGUUUGAACUUGUUAUCAGUAUAAAAGACACCUGUCCACAACCUCAAACAGUCACACUCCAAAAUCCACUAUGGCCAAGACCAAAGAGCUGUCAAAGGACACCAGAAACAAAAUUGUAGACCUGCACCAGGCUGGGAAGACUGAAUCUGCAAUAGGUAAGCAGCUUGGUUUGAAGAAAUCAACUGUGGGAGCAAUUAUUAGGAAAUGGAAGACAUACAAGACCACUGAUAAUCUCCCUCGAUCUGGGGCUCCACGCAAGAUCUCACCCCGUGGGGUCAAAAUGAUCACAAGAACGGUGAGCAAAAAUCCCAGAACCACACGGGGGGACCUAGUGAAUGACCUGCAGAGAGCUGGGACCAAAGUAACAAAGCCUACCAUCAGUAACACACUACGCCGCCAGGGACUCAAAUCCUGCAGUGCCAGACGUGUCCCCCUGCUUAAGCCAGUACAUGUCCAGGCCCGUCUGAAGUUUGCAUUUGGAUGAUCCAGAAGAGGAUUGGGAGAAUGUCAGAUGAAACCAAAAUAUAACUUUUUGGUAAAAACUCAACUCGUCGUGUUUGGAGGACAAAGAAUGCUGAGUUGCAUCCAAAGAACACCAUACCUACUGUGAAGCAUGGGGGUGGAAACAUCAUGCUUUGGGGCUGUUUUUCUGCAAAGGGACCAGGACGACUGAUCCGUGUAAAGGAAAGAAUGAAUGGGGCCAUGUAUCGUGAGAUUUUGAGUGAAAACCUCCUUCCAUCAGCAAGGGCAUUGAAGAUGAAACGUGGCUGGGUCUUUCAGCAUGACAAUGAUCCCAAACACUCCACCCGGGCAACGAAGGAGUGGCUUCGUAAGAAGCAUUUCAAGGUCCUGGAGUGGCCUAGCCAGUCUCCAGAUCUCAACCCCAUAGAAAAUCUUUGGAGGGAGUUGAAAGUCCGUGUUGCCCAGCGACAGCCCCAAAACAUCACUGCUCUAGAGGAGAUCUGCAUGGAGGAAUGGGCCAAAAUACCAGCAACAGUGUGUGAAAACCUUAGACUUACAGAAAACGUUUGACCUGUGUCAUUGCCAACAAAGGGUAUAUAACAAAGUAUUGAGAAAAUGUUGUUAUUGACCAAAUACUUAUUUUCCACCAUAAUUUGCAAAUAAAUUCAUUAAAAAUCCUACAAUGUGAUUUUCUGGAAAAAAAAUUCUCAUUUUGUCUGUCAUAGUUGACGUGUACCUAUGAUGAAAAUUACAGGGCUCAUCUAUUUAAGUGGGAGAACUUGCACAAUUGGUGGCUGACUAAAUACUUUUUUUCCCCCACUGUAUAUGAUUUGGUUAGCCACUGCCAUCAACCAUUAAUAUAAAAAUCUCCUGUGCAGAGAGACUGGUGUCGCAUACAACUUUCCACUUGAGAACAGGGAUCAAUCCCUACUUCCAACCUUCUCACUGUGUCUAGCAUUUACCUAUCUAAUUUCAUUACUGUCUGAAUAAAGUAUCAAUUUUGUUUAAAAAUAUUAGUAUACUUUAAAUGUAAUCUCCCAAAAUUCUGACAGUAACAAAGUUGUCGAAUUUUGAGUGUUCAUUUAAUGUUCAAAGCGUCCUGAAUACACCUGAUCUGGGUUUUUAUUUAAAAAAAAUCUAAAUCAUGUCAAAAUACGUAGAAAUUAGCUUUAAAACAGUAAAAUGUUCCUUGGGGAGGACCCCCAGUCCCCCGUCUAGGGAUUGUGCCAGAGGGCAAUGAAAUUCACAUAGCAAAUCUCACUCCAAGUUUUUAUCAAAAGUUGCCAGCCCUGAAAGCACACAACAAUACAAGUAAUUAAGAAAAACAACAUCACAACAUCCUGUGUUGGACAGUCAUGAGAAGGUUUAUGGCUUGAGUGGUCAUCUGAGGGAGGUGGUCAAGCAGGGAGAGAAAGUUCGGAGGCAGGCAGGAAGCUCAUCAAGGUGUCUCGCUGUUUCUGUCUUUUCCGUAGUAAACCUCAGUCAAAUUCAGUUUGAGCUAAGCCACUGCAGCCUCUGCUAGCUAGUUAGCUACUCCUUCACUGCUACCAAAAUGAAGCAGCCACUUGGAUGAUGCUACAGCAGUUACGUGGCACCAGAAAGCACACCACAUUUCAAUAAUAAUUCAAGAGCAGCCUUGUAACUUUGUCCUUCCUACGAUCCUCAUCACUGCACACCUCUGCCGUCUUGCUUUCGGCUUCUCUCCAUCCUCAACCGCCGGACAUUGGCUGGAAUUCGAAUCAAAACAGCUAGCCAGUUAAUGUUAGCUAGCUAGCCAAACAAACAAAGGACUUGCCAGCUUCAGUCUUAAUGCUGUGGUGGAUUCUGAUUUAUAUGAAUUAGCUAUAUUAAUUGUUCAUUCUUUUUUUUUAAAUAUAUAUUGUUGGUAAACAAAUGCCAUAAAUGAAUUAAUUACAAAAAUAUUUACAAAAUGUACAGGAGCUCUCUGCUUAGGCUGCUGCUAGGGCGCCAUGGAAACUGUAGAACUAUGUACAAAAUUAUCCUCUUUCCCUAAAAGCAUGGUGGUCAGUACUUUUUUACUUUAAAGGGGAGGAUAACUGGGCCGCACAGACAAUCGAUCUGAAAUCAGUCAUGGUAUUUUGUUUUGCUUUAACCCCAGUAUGUGGUAAAUGCAGGGUGGAAAUGGAAAUAGUAAGAAAAACUGGUUUGAUUAGAGGAAAUGGAAAAACAGGAAGUUUGUGGCCAAGGUUAGGUCUUGGAGCCAGAGAGCGAAGUGGCGGUGGCAUUCCAGCCAGAUGUGGAAUUCCAGUUUUAAACAAGUGGGUGUGGGCUCAUGCCUGCCAGCACACAGCACGUUGGGCCAGAUGGGCAUGGCCUAUAGGCUUGAUGAAAACUCUGGCAAAGCCAGUCUGGCAGACUACAGGCCAAGACUUUCUCUGAUUUGCAUCUGACUCCAAGGGAUAGACAACAGAGAACAGCACAGAGCGGACAAGGUGGAUAACGGUGUACAAGAAACACCACAAAAAGGAUCAGUGUAAAGUUUACACUGUAAACAAAGCAAAUGGGUUUUAGAUGAUUUCCCUUUGACUUUAGUUGGCGUUUAAAGUGAGGAAGUCUGGCGAAAAAAUGGAGGAAAAACACUGAUUCAUUGACUCAAAAUGACCUCUCUAGUUGUGUACAGUAUGACAGGUGACUGACUAACCGUAGACAUCUAGAAAAACAUCUGAUAGUAAUCAGCACGACUACACUGCUACAUUUUCUUUGACAAUCCAAUGUUUUUUAACCAGAACCUGAUGAGCACUACAGAUAGUUUAUACAUUGACUUGCUUGAUUUGCAAUAUUGUUAUAUACUGUAUCUACAGUACAUUGCUACCACAAUUAGAAUGAAUGAAUUCGGUCACACGUCUGGCCUGUGUUAACUUCUAAGGGACCACAGUGAACCGGAAACCACUCGCCUUAAAGGGGCAACAGUUGCUACAUACAUUUUUGGAUUGAUAAAUGUAUGAUAUGUACCCAUUGAUAACUUUUAUAAAUGCCUCAUGAGCUUAGUUCAACUGUUGUACCCCAUCAGAACCCAAAAUAGAAGCUUGUUUUAUUCCAAUGUUUGUAAACAAAUAAAUGUAAUCAAACGCUAUAUAACCUUUAAAACAGGGUUAAAACUGUAAUUUCUAUAUCGUGGAUGGUCUCCAGCCCCAUCCUUCAGCUUUUUACCAAAUAAUGGGUGGGAAGGACUCUUUGUUAUUGUUAUAGCUGCUGAUUGCUGCUUUAAUGAUCGUGUAAAUUCUAACGAGGCAUGGUUUUGGCAAGGUUGCCCAACUUUGUGGUGUGUGCUUAACACCGAGUUAAAUUACUCUGUUUGCCCAGCUAUGUGUGACGUAAUGAACACCUCUGUUUGUUAACCUUUGGACAGCUCUGCUUCGUGGUGUUCUGGACCCCUCACAUCUCGGAGAAGAUCCUGGUGGAUGUGAUCGGGGUGGACUUGGCCUUCGCUGAGAUCUGUGUACUUCCACUAAGGAUCUUCUCCUUCUUCCCUUUGCCAGGUAAGAAGAACCGCUCUUCUUAUUUCAGCAUUAAAACACUCCCUAUGCCUGUUGCCCAGUUGACUGGAGCAUGGUGGUUGCAACACUAGAGUUGUGGGUUUGAGUCCCGACGGGCCACAGGUUAAAUACAGUAUAUAUUAACAGGAAGUUGCUUUAACAGGAAAUAUCUGCUGGAAAUGUCUGACCAUUAUGAUCAGUCCCAAAAUGCAGUGUCUUGUUCCUCUUGCACAAAAUUCUUUUUUAAUCUUCAACAUAGGAAUGCUACCAAAAAGAACUUAAUGAAACUGGUUACAAUUGACGGAGUCACCCAUAAUUCACCAAAUGAUAUUUUGAAGGAAGAAACAAAGUACUUUAAGCAUAUGUUUUCUUUUCAGUCGCCUCCAUCUCCUCUAACUGAAGCUAAUUGUAGGGAUUUUUUUUCUAUUGAUAAUGUCAAAUUAACAGCCACACAGAAAGACUAAUGUGAAGGUGAAAUUAGAGGAGGAACUUCUGGAUGCAAUUAAAGACUUUAAGUCCGGGAAAACUCCAGGGUUGGAUGGCAUACCAGUCGAGGUAUACCAAACCUUUUUUGAUAUACUAAGCGGACCGUUAUUAGCAUGUUUUAACCACUCCUAUGUAAAUGGUAGAUUAUCUGACACUCAAGAAGAAGGUCUGAUCUCAUUAUUAUUGAAACAGGAUACAAGUGGAAAAUAUAAAGAUCCAGUCCAUUUACAAAAUUGGAGGCCCCUUACACUUCAGUGUUGUGAUGCAAAAAUCCUAGCAAAAUGUAUAGCGCAUAGAAUUAAAAAGGUAUUGUCGGAUAUUAUUCAUUCUAAUCAGACAGGUUUUUUACAUGGAAGAUACAUUGGAGAUAAUAUAAGGCAAGUAUUGGAAACAAUAGAACACUAUGGAAAAUAUGGGAAACCAGGCCUGCUAUUCAUAGCCGACUUCGAAAAGGCAUUUGAUAAAGUUCGACUGGGGUUUAUAUAUAAAUGCCUGGAGCAUUUCAAUUUUGGAGAAUCUCUUAUAAAAUGGGUCAAAAUCAUGUAUAGUAACCCUAGGUGUAAAAUAGUAAAUAAUGGCUAUUUCUCAGAAAGUUUUAAACUGUCAAGAGGAGUGAAACAAGGAUGUCCACUAUCAGCAUAUCUAUUUAUUGUGGCCAUCGAGAUGUUAGCUAUUAAAAUCAGAUCCAAUAAUAAUAUCAGAGGAUUAGAAAUACAGGGCUUAAAAACAAAGGUGUCAUUGUACGCUGAUGAUUCAUGUUUUCUUUUAAAUCCACAACUAGAAUCCCUCCACAGCCUCAUAGAGGAUCUAGAUACAUUUUCUAACCUCUCUGGAUUACAACCAAAUUAUGACAAAUGUACUAUAUUACGUAUUGGAUCACUAAAAAAUACAAUUUUUACAUUACCAUGUAGUUUACCAAUACAAUGGUCUGAUGGUGAUGUGGAUAUACUCGGAAUACAUAUCCCAAAGGAAAUAAAUGAUCUCACUUCAAUAAAUUUUAAUAGAAAGUUAGCAAAAAUAGAUAAGAUCUUACUACCAUGUAAAGGAAAAUACCUGUCAAUUUGUGGAAAAAUCACCCUGAUUAACUCUUUAGUAUUAUCCCAGUUUACCUAUUUGCUUAUGGUCUUGCCUACGCCUAGCGAACAGUUUUUUAAAUUAUAUGAGAAAAAAAUAUUCAAUUUUAUUUGGAACGGCAAGCCAGACAAAAUUAAGAGCAUAUUUAUAUAAUGAAUAUGAAUUCGGAGGACAUAAAUUAUUAAAUAUUAAAGCAUUAGACCUAUCACUAAAAGCUUCAGUCAUACAAAAGUUAUACUUAAAUCCGAACUGGUUCUCAAGCAAAUUAGUAAGAUUGUCUCACCCAAUGUUCAAGAAAGGCCUUUUUCCCUUUAUUCAGAUUACAACCUCUCACUUUCAGUUAUUUGAAAAGGAAAUAAUCUCCCAAAUGUCACUAUUUCUAAAACAAGCCAUAGAAAGUUGGUUGCAAUUUCAAUUUAAUCCUCCAGAAACGACAGAACAAAUAAUGCAACAAAUAUUGUGGUUAAAUUCAAAUAUACUAAUUGACAAAAAACCUUUAUUUUUUGACAGAAUGUUUAAAAAAGGUAUAAUCUUCGUAAAUGAUAUCAUCGGUAGGACUGGUAGGACUCGCACAUGCAGCUAACAAAAACAUAUGGAAAUGUCUGCUCUACCCAAAAUUACAACCAAAUAAUUGCAGCCUUACCGCAAAAGUGGAAGAGGAAAGUGGAAGGGGGAGAAAGUAAGGAACUUGUCUGUCGGCCUUGCAUUAAAGAACAUAAUUGGUUAAGGAAAACUGUGAUAAAUAAAAAAGUAUAUCAGUUUCACUUAAGGACCAAAGGUUUGACAGCCGUCCCAUAUAGAUUGCAAAAUAGUUGGGAAGAGAUCUUUGACGUACCGAUCCCAUGGCAUAGUGUUUAUGAACUGACACGCAAAACGACACCGGAUUCAAAAAUUUGAAUCUUUCAAUUUAAAUUAUUAUAUACAAUUCUUGCUACCAAUAGAAUGUUAUUUAUAUGGGGGAUACAAUCUUCCCAGCUCUGCAGGUUUUACUGUGAAGAGACAGAAUCAUUAGAUCAUUUGUUUUGGUUCUGUCCAUUUGUAGCUUGUUUUUGGACACAGGUCCAGGAAUGGCUAAAGGAUUGCAAUAUUUACCUGGAACUAACCUUGCAGAUAGCAUUACUGGGUGAUCUGAAAAGUCAUAGUCAAUCAAUCAAUAAUAUAAUAAUACUUUUAGCAAAAAUGUUUAUUUUUUAUUCACAAUCUGUAGAAGCAAUGAGAAUAGAAAGGUUCAGAAUUUUUGUAAAACAUCACAGUACGGUCGAAAUAUAUAUGGCAAAUAGAAAUCCUAUAUGGAUGGUGUUAAGAGAUAGAUGGGAGGUAUUGAAUAGAGUUGAAGGAUGGGACUAAUAACAAAUAACAACAAAUAAUAACAAAGAUAGCUAAUAAUGUAAGCAUACUGUGUCCAUAAUAAGUAUAUAGGUUGUAUGUUGGGAGCUUUUGGGAAGGAGCACAGUUAGAAAGAUAUGGCAUAUAGAAGCAAACUGGAUGGACACCAUGAAAAUGAUCGGAGAGGUUGAGAGUAGAAGAAGUUCAGGAGCAAAAAAAAUAAUAUAUAUAUAUAUAUAUAUAUAUAUAUAUAUAUAUAUAUAUAAUAGAAUUAUUGUAAAAUUAACUCUGUCCAUAAGGUGUAGAUAGUAAGUAUAGACCGGAAGUAGACGCCUGGGCAUUGUUGUUCACUAAUUUACUCCAAGUAGGGAAAGGAUGGUGGGGUUGAAAAGUAAUAAAGGGGAGUAUAUAUAUAAAAAAUAAAAAAAACAUGGGGGAUUGGAAGUGAUGCAGACAAUUACAUUGAUAUAAGAUAAUCUAUCUGCAAUAUUAAGCUGAUCCAUUCCCCCCCCCCCAAAAAAAAAAAAAAAAACAGGAAGUUGCUUUAACAGGAAAUAUCUGCUGGAAAUGUCUGACCAUUAUGAUCAGUCCCAAAAUGCAGUGUCUUGUUCCUCUUGUCUGAGUAUGAGGGUUUUGUGUGUGAACAGCUAUGAGCCAUGGUUUAGCUGAGAGAGCAGUCUGUCUGUGAUGUAAUGUUUCCACUGACUUUCCGUGUGUGUGUGUGUGUGUGUGUGUGUGUGUGUGUAUAGUGAUAGUCCGGUCCCACCUGACCGGUUGGUUCAUGACCUUGAAGAAGACCUUUGUGCUGGCCCCCAGCUCUGUACUCCGCAUCAUCGUCCUCAUCACCAGCCUGGUCGUGUUGCCUUCUAUUGGGUAGGUGGACACCUCACUGGACACCUACCAGUCUCUGUGUCCCAAAUGACACCCUAUUCCCUUUAUAGUCAAUUACUUUUGACUAAUAUGAAAAAUGGUUACAUUUACAUUUUAGUCAUUUAGCAGACGCUCUUAUCCAGAGCGACUUACAGUUAGAGUGCAUACAUUUUUAUUUUUUAUACUGGAAUCGAACCCACAACCCUGGCGUUGCAAAUGCCAUGCUCUACCAACUGAGCUAUAUUCUAAAACUGGAUCAAGAUGGUUCAUUUGAAUCCAGCAAACUUUGCUCAGUGUGACAUUUUGAUUAGACUUCAAUUUGACAGAGUUGAGGAGCUGCUACCUGUUUCAUGAUGAGCAAAUAUGAAUAGAAAUGUAUUCAGAGAGGAGAGUUUAAAUCAGGAAUAUGUAAAUGAUCACCAUUCACUGCAUCACCUACCAUCAAAUGCAGACUGUGCACAUUCAUUGUGAGGAUAGGCGUUAAUGGGUUCUCUGCAGUUUUGUAUUGAGCUAAUAUACACAUUAAAUCUGUAGACCGGUUCCUUGUGCAUGGUUUUGAAUUAAACAUAAGGUAUCAUAAUAUAAAACUAAUGAGGAAGCAAAACAUGCUUUUUGCUGCACCAGAAUUUGACCCAUCUACAAUAUUAGCUGUCCUUAUUUUACUCUACCUUAUCUGUAAAUAAGAUACAUUUGUGGUCCUCUGUAGCUCAAUUGGUAGAGCAUGGCGCUUGUAACGCCAGGGUAGUGGGUUCGAUCCCCGGGACCACCCAUACGUAAAAAUGUAUGCGCACGUGACUGUAAGUCGCUUUGGAUAAAAGCGUCUGCUAAAUGGUGUAUUAAAUGUAAGUGAAUAUGUUACUGCCGUUUCUCGCAAAGCCAUUUUUCUAUCUGAAACGUAUGCGUAAAAAAAAUGUAACUUCAAGAUGGUAAUUUCACUGUGGGCAAACUGCAUCUGCACUUAUUCUGCAGAAAUAUUAGUGCGUUAUAAAUAAAAUGUAUUAUUAUAUAUCACUAGGGUUGCAAAAUUCCAGGAACUUUCAAUAAAUUCCAUGGAUUUCCAGAAAUCCUGGUAGGAGGAUUCUGGAUUUCCUGCUUAUUCCCUCCUGAUUCCUGGAAUCCGCCAACGAGGAUUUCAAGAAAACCAGGGAAUUUAUUGAAAAUUCACAGCAUUUUCCAACCUUAUAUAUCACCAUAAAGACUGGCCAUAAAGAGAGGACCUUUCUUCCAUCGCUUAGCAACACCUUUCAUCCGGACUGACAAGUCCAAGCAAGUAGACCAGACCUGCUGCUAUAGCAAAGACUCACAGGAGUGGAAAAUCCUUUUCAUCUUUACCCAAUCAAAAAUAUCCAUCUGUGCCAGAUGCCAGGCUAUUUCACAACAAGACAUCUCGGAUGACUCAUGUUCUUCCAGAACCCGCUCGUACAUUUUUAGCUCACCACACACUAUAAUAGGCCUACAACUAAAUGGUUGCUUUUGUUUUUGAGGAAGGGUUAAAUAUGUCUUAUUUUAGUCUAUAUAGAUCCUCAAAAUGUAUUCCAAUUUGGUAAGCCUGUACCACAUAGGCCUACUGUAUAUCCUGUAUUCUGAUCUCUACUGGUCAGUGGUUCCAAAGUUGAUGAAUGCUGUGGUUUGUGUUUCAGUGUCCACGGGGCCACUCUGGGGGUUGGGUCCCUGUUGGCUGGUUUCGUAGGGGAGUCUACCAUGGUGACCAUAGCUGCCUGCUAUGUCUAUCAAAAACAGGUGAAGUCCCAUCCCUAAAGGCAAAAGGAGAGUAAGAAACUGUAUAGUCAUACAGUGAAGUACAAAAUCACUCUAAAUUGCUCUUCAUUCCUUUUCAUGUCUCACUCCUUCUCUUUCACAGAAAAACUAUGAGAUGGCCAGCAAGCUGCUGGUGGAGGGAGAGGACUCCGUUCCUCCGAGUGAGGUGCGUUCCAGAACUCAGAAGGACUCCAUCGAGGAGCUCCAGGAGGAAGAGGAGUAG